CUAAAAAAGUGUGCGUGGUUGUCACAGCCACUCAAGAGGAGACCCACGUACGAGGAAUCAUCCAACAGCAGAUUUUCUGGAAUCAUGAAAGCGAUCAGUCCCGUGCGCUCGGUGAGAAGCUGCUACAAGGCCGUGUGCUGCAUCUCGGAGCAGAGCCUCGCCAUCCACCGGAAUAAGCACGCCUGCGAGGACGAGCCGGUGAGCGCGCUGUGCGACAUGAACGACUGCUACUCCCGGCUGAAGGAGCUGGUCCCGAGCAUCCCGCAGAACAAGUCGGUCAGCCAGGUGGAGAUCCUGCAGCACGUCAUCGACUACAUCUUCGACCUGCAGAUCGCGCUGGAGGCGGUAGACCCGUCCGCGCCGGAGAUGGUUCUGUCGAUAAAGACUGCAGACAUCACGCGCAAUUUCUCCAAAGAAGAGGGUCGGUUGUGCCACUAGGAUUGCGCACUGUGGUGCAGGGAAACACAUGUCUCCACUUCACUCCGGGCAAGAGGACAAGAGGGGAAGAAAAGGGUGGGAUAGGUAUUUGGGAUAGAAGAGGAGGAGGAGGAGGUGAAGGGUUUAAAGAAAGGAGGAAAGACUGUUUCUCCCCGAGAUGAGUGGAGAUCCACAGUGGUGCAUGAGCAUGAAAACAGAGACUCAUUCUUUGGCUCCUGGACAGACGGAGCAACACAACAAAGCAGAAGUCCAAGAUUGGAAAAACUGUCUUCCUCACACAGUUGGGAUUCCUAGUAGAUAGAAGUAGAAAUAUAUUGGUACAUUGUUUUUUUGUUUGUUUUUUUCAAUGCAUUCCAGACACGUUUGUUGGCUGACCUCCACCUUAUUGCACCUCGUUUAAUUAUACAAAGUUUUGUUGAAACUUUGGCUCAUGUCUUUAUGUCAGCCAUGUGAGGUGUGAGUCAUUAUGGACGUCUAAAUCUUUAUGUUUUUGUGUGUGUGUGUAAAUCCAAACUCUAUAAUAGAGUUUAUUAUUACUGUUUGUAGGGAUUGUUAUUUCUACAGACUUUGUGCUACGAGUUUCAUAAACUCCCUACUGUAGAUUUGACUUUGUAUGUAUGGAUAUGUUAAAAAAAAAAAAGAAUUAAAGAUUAUGUCAAUCACUGUG